CGGAGCGCGAGGAGAGAGGCGCGCUGAGCUGUGCGGCACCGCCUCUCCUCCGUGCCGGGGGAGGGACAGAGGGGCCGGGCGGGAGAGAGAGAAAGCCCGACCGAACCGGCUGGCCAAGAGCUACAUGCAACCGGUGGGAGGCCGGACCGGCUGGGGCUGGCGCUCGGGCGGUUUCUUGGCGGGUCCCUGGCGGCGAGGGCGGACGGCCCGGAGGCGGCGGCUCUGAGCUGGCAGGCGGAGGGUUGUCUCUCGCGCCUGCCUGCCCGGCGCGGUCCGAGGAUGCGGGGGGGCGAUGCCCGGGGCCAGGGACGCGCUCUGUCACCAGGCGCUGCAGCUGCUGGCCGAGCUCUGUGCCCGCGGGGCCCUGGAGCACGACAGCUGCCAGGAUUUCAUCUACCACCUGCGGGACCGCGCCAGACCUCGGCUCCGCGACCCAGAUAUCUCAGUGAGCCUGCUGACCCUCGUGGUCACUGCCUGUGGCCUCGCUCUCUUUGGCGUUUCUCUCUUCGUGUCUUGGAAACUCUGCUGGGUUCCAUGGCGAGAACGAGGCCUGUUCUCUGGUAGCAAAGAAAACAACCAGGAGCCUCUUAACUACACGGACACAGAGACCAAUGAGCAGGAGAACAGUGAGGGCUUCCUAGACCCUCCCACUCCUUGUGCAGACGCCUCCAUGAAGAUCAGCCACACCUCCCCUGACCUUCCCCUCUCUACCCAGUCUGGGGACCAGGAGAACUGUGCUCAUGGCGUCCGCAUCCAGCGCCAAGUCACAGAGCCAACCUCAUCGGCUCGGCAUAAUUCUGUCCGAAGACAACUCAACCUGUCAAACCCAGACUUCAAUAUCCAACAGCUUCAAAAACAGGAACAGUUGACUGGAAUUGGGCGAAUUAAACCGGAGUUAUAUAAGCAGAGGUCGCUGGAUAAUGAUGAUGGAAGAAGGAGUAACAGCAAAGCGUGUGGGAAACUGAACUUCAUUUUAAAAUAUGACUGUGACUUAGAGCAACUCAUAGUGAAGAUUCACAAAGCUGUCAAUUUGCCUGCCAAGGACUUUUCUGGGACUUCAGAUCCUUAUGUCAAGAUUUAUUUGCUUCCCGAUCGGAAAACAAAACACCAGACUAAAGUGCACAGAAAGACCCUGAACCCUGUGUUUGACGAAGUGUUUUUGUUUCCGGUUCCCUACAAUGACCUUGCGGCCCGAAAGCUUCACUUCUCUGUCUAUGACUUUGACAGGUUCUCUCGUCAUGACUUAAUCGGCCAAGUGGUGGUGGAUCACUUCUUAGACUUGGCUGAUUUCCCCAGGGAGUGCAUCCUUUGGAAGGACAUCGAAUAUGUCACCAAUGACAACGUGGAUCUUGGAGAGUUGAUGUUUUCCCUCUGCUAUCUUCCAACGGCUGGCAGGCUGACCAUUACCAUUAUAAAAGCAAGGAAUUUAAAGGCAAUGGACAUAACAGGAGCAUCAGAUCCUUACGUGAAGGUCUCUCUGAUGUGUGAUGGCAGACGACUGAAGAAGAGGAAAACGUCCACCAAGAGGAACACUCUGAAUCCUGUUUACAAUGAAGCCAUAGUCUUUGACGUCCCUCCCGAGAACAUUGACCAAAUCCACUUGUCCAUAGCGGUCAUGGACUACGACCGUGUAGGUCACAAUGAGAUCAUCGGCGUGUGUCAAGUAGGCAACGAAGCUGAGAGGCUGGGCAGAGACCACUGGAGUGAAAUGCUGUCGUACCCGCGCAAGCCCAUCGCGCACUGGCACUCCCUGGUGGAGAAACGAUGACUUUGGGUGAGAGGACUGCUUAUGCCAAGGACUCAGUAGGACAACCAUCUGACAAAGACCUUUCAGUAACUUUUCCCAUCCACCAACAUCCAGACGACUCCAGUGACCAAAUGCUCAGCUGUAACCACAGCAGUAACCGGCCCUCUUUCCAGAUCGGGUUUGCUGAACGUGAAGAUGGUCCAGCCGCCAUCUUCAGGUGGCCUAAGGUGGUAUGCUGUAGGGGAGGCACGUCUCUUCUGGCCAAGACCCAAGCUUGGACUAUGGAAGAAACCAGCUGAUACAGUGAGAGUGCCAAGAGCACCGAGAGUACCAGAACUCUUAGUGAUUAACAUGAGGCCCUUCCUUGGUGAUGGGGUCGCAGCCGCUGCCCUGGCAGUGCCACUCUGACAUGAUGUUAUUUUGCUUGAAGGCCCUGGAAGGACAGAAUAUUUUAAAAUCUCUCCAGGUGCUACAUAGGCAGCAGAUCUAAUUCACCCUGGACUACCACUGAGAUAAUACCUUGUCUCCAGAAAAUAAUUUCACCCAAGAAGUACUCUAGCUUUGCAGGGAAUAGCCCCAGGAGAGUCAUAGAAUAAGCAGGCUGUUACCCUGGAGACAACGUGGGCUCAGUGCAAGGAGGGCCAGUUCACCACAAGCUCACUGCCACUCCCACAUCCACGGCAGUGAGUACCAGUUGAUCGUGGCCCUCUCUUCCACUAAACCCAGAUUCUGAGGAGUCAGAAUCCCCAGCACUGUUUUUGAGAUAGCCACCAGCCUCUUCCUUUCAACUGGUGUUGGCAAUCGGGAUGAAAGUUCAUCGUCAGCCCUAACUGUUAGAGAGGCGGACAUCUGGAUGGUGGAAUACCCUUUCCCAGGUGCAUUUGUCCACUGAGGGAACAGCCUCAGAUACAGAUGUACCAUUGGGUGAGCUGAGCUCAUGGAGAGAUGACACAGCUGGCCCCUGACUGAAGGCACACCUCUGGGGCCUCAUCGGCCUGAGUGCCUUCUGGGGUAUUUCCAUAUGCAACUGCCCAGAGGUGUAGCCUCGGCAGCCACAGACAGGUUUCCUCUCACUUCCAGACACAUACAUCACUUUCACAGCACUUGGGGAAUGGAAAUACCUACAAGAGUGAAGGUCAAGGGCUCUCCCUGGGUAUCUCAUUCAUUACUCAGCUUCCUUUGUGACCACAUCAGCCAACCCACUGCCAGCUGUGUUCCCCAUCCUCAUUGCUUCUGCCUCCCUACAAAUGAAACCAAAGGCCUCAGCAUGCGCUGGGGGUGGGGGUUGUUACCCAGUGGUCCUCUGUCUCCCGUUAUGGGUAUAAGGUACCCCGUCCGUACAUUGGCACCACUUCUCCAAGAUACCAUUUGCCUUUCACACAGUCCCUUUGCAGCAGAAUCCAGAGUUGGACUGUAGUAUACCUUCCUGGGA